AUGGCAAGUAGUUCAGGUCAAGACAUUCAAAUGGAUCAAUCACCAUCGCACACCUUGGUCCAACCACAAACUCAACAUCAAGCACAUUCACCCACACCUGCAUUGGGAUCAUCUUCAAAAAAGCGAAAGGAGCCCGAUACUCAGCCGGUUGCAAGUGGUCCUAGUAGUUCCAAGAAGUCCCGUAUAAUUGCUCCCUUACCAUCUCGUCCCAAAAGGCCUAAAAAGCCUAGUGACUAUCAUUUGCGAAAAUCCGAUAUAAAAGCAACAGAUAAAAAUAUCAAGUCUGCGCUCGAGCUUCACAUUCGUAUUCUGUGGCGUUUAGCAAGCCAAAAUGCUGUUCCCCCUACCGUUACUCCGGAUGACAGAGCAGCAUUUAAUAAGAGGUUUAAUCCGUCAGAUGCAACCUCGUCUAGUGCUCUUCGUGUAUCUGUCAUGUCCAGCCUAGAUGAUAAUUCUGUCAAUAUCAAUGCUGCACGCAAUGUGGUCGACAACUUUCUUUCCAACCUACCAUCAUCUGGAACUAUUGCAUCCAGAAUCCGCCGUAUGGCUGAAUCUGACCUUCUUCUGAUGUUUCGCACUGUUGCCGCAAUGGGCCUUCGGAAAUGGGCACCUGAUCUUCUUGGAAAUGGACCUGGAACUGCGUAUAAUCUUCUCCACGAACAUAUUGCACUGGUGACAUUUGAACAAGUGCUUUUAUCAUAUGGAUACAGUAGUCUCGGUGUGGAUGCUUCUGCAUCUGGAAAUCAUACUUUGCUUCGCAAACUUUACCGGAGCUUUGUUUUUUCGUAUAUGCAUGGAAAUGCAAAACUUGAGGCAAAAUCUCCUGGUGCGCUUGCGAGGGACAAUACAAUGAAGGGAGUUUAUUCACGUCGAAAAGAGCUACGAAAGCAAAGGCUAAAUGUUCUUAAUGACUUCAUGUUCAACAAUCGCACCAGGGCCUUAGUCGAUUCAAAUGAUGCUCAUUCAGAUGACGAAUACUGCAAGGACACCGUAAUCACUGAGGGUACUCCUAGAACAGAAGAAUAUUACAAGAUCAAGACUGUCCCAUUCCGAUCAAAAAAGGCGACCGCGUUUUUCAGAAUGUUAUCAGAGAGAAAUCAAGAAUCUACUUUGAAUAAGGUGGGCCGACGUCCCAAUGCAAUAGCAUUCCGAACACGAAAGAUGCCCGAAGAGUUUAUUCCCUCAAAGUUCACGAAACUUCCAAAGUCAGGACCUAUUGACUUGUUUGAACCAGAUGAAUGGAACAAACUUCCCAUUCGAAUUCGCAUCAAGUAUCUUGAGGCAUCAGGAGGUGCAUAUGUUGCGUUGCCAUUACCUGAAUAUUGUGACACUUGGGCAAAAUGCGGGACCUGGAAGGAUAUGAGCGAGAAACGAUUUAUGAGGAAAUAUGGGAAUGAUGUUUUACUCGACUACAACCUUCCUACCGAAAAGGAGAUUAAGCGGUACCAGGACGGAAGCCCAGAUAUGUCAGAGGAAGACGAGUCGUCUGGCAGUGAGGAUGAAUUGGGUGAAGUAGAGAAUGCUACAAUGAGGGGGCCAGAGGACAACAUUCUCAAUGAAGAUGAAGAAUUUAACAAUGAUAGCAGAGUCAUUGGACAGGAGGCGCCUCUCAAUAAUGGCGACGAAGAUAUGUAUGCCAAUGAUUCUGCUUAA